AUCCCCUCAGCGGCCGCUCUGCCCACGGCUCAGGUCCGGAAAUGGUGUUCCGGAAGAAGCUGGAUGAAGGAUCCGGCAGCGGCAGUGGCACCCGUCAACCCCGUAAACCCCGCGCUGCGCCUCUGGCUCCGGUGAAACGCUCGGCGCGGCUGAAGAAGAAGCAGAUGUACGCGCUGAAUCUGCUGGCCACGGUCGCCGAAUCGCUGUCGUCGGAUGAGGAUGGUUCCUCUAGCGGGACUGACGCGGGGGAGACAGAGGAAGGUUACAAUUCAAAAGGGACAUCUGUCAAGGUAGAGCAAUUGGAUGAGGAGGCGGGUUGCAAUUCAAAGGGGACAUCUGUUAAAACUGAGCAAUUGGUUGAAGUCCCACUGAUGUUGCUCGAUAGCACGGCGUUGGAGAAUGGUUGCUCGCCGCUCGAUAGCGCGGUGUUGGAGAACGGUUGCCCGCCGCUCGAUAGCGCAGCGUUGGAGAACGAUUGCUGCAGAGGAUACGCAAUGGGCUGUGCUGGGAUCUGUGCAUCUCUCAGCCAAACUAACUUACGCAUGAGGGAGGGUGUGUCGACCCAGAAUGUUGCUGGUACGGUAUCGUCGGAGUCGCUAAUAAAAGAGCCAGGUGUGUUUGCUGAGGGCUCGCUGGUUAGUCGUAGAAAACCAGGCCCGUUGGGUCAUGGCCUUGGCACAAUUCCGGAGUAUGAGACUGUUGGAGUAUGCCCUCCUUGUUCCACGGGAUUAGCAGCUGUUAAGCAAGAGCCUCAGUCCAUACCCGUAAUGAUCACAAGUCAAGGUGAUGGUAUUGCUGCAACUCGGCAUAGUGCGGCUGGCACCAUGGAUAUGGAUGUCAAACCUCUACCUGUGGUUAUUGCUGAGAGUAGCUCAGGAAUGCACUUGGAUGGCCCUCACAUGGGCCUUAAGUCUGAUCCAUCCUGUUCCUAUAAAGUGCAGCAUGCUGCAGAUAGAGAUGAUGACGAAAAAUUUCCCCGCGUCCAUCCAAGCACCUCGAGAAGUAAGGGUGGUUAUCUACCACAUUAUUUAGGUGACUGUAGGACAAGGAGAUUCUUCGCCACCAGGAUGAGGAAGGCAGCUCGUAAUAAGAUAUGUGGAGAGAUGUCCAAUAAAGGUAACAAGCUGAGUAUCCGUGGAAAGAAGAUAUCCACUACACGCCGAAGGGCGCAAACACAACGAACAAUGCACAAGACAAAGAAAGUAGCUGAAUGCUACUCUGCACAACCAUCUGAUGAAGAGACCCUAACUGAAACCAGCGGGACAUCAGUCCCCAUGGGAGGUCAAGAUGCACCAUGUGCUUCUGAGUCUGGUCAAAAAAAGCCAUGUGCUGCUGAGGGUUAUAAUGUCAAGUUUAUCAUCAAGUCAUUCAACAUCCCUGAGGUAUUAAUUGAGGUCCCUGAAGAUGCAACAGUUGGUUCAUUGAAGAGAAUUGUAACGGAUGCUGUCACUGAUACAAUCGAAGGCGGCCUCCGUGUCCGUGUACUUCUUCAAGGAAAGAUCAUUCAAGAUGACAAUACGACACUUCAGCAGGCUGGGAUUUGCCACGGGGCAAAACUAGAUAGCAUAGGCUUUUCACUGGAAUGCGUAGCUAAACAAGAUUCUGAUCCUUCAGUAAUAGCUCCUGAAGAAACGCGCCCUGUUGGUACAUGUAUUGUGCAACCGUUAUCUAAGGUGAAGUGCGAAGAACCUUCUCCAAGCUUCGCUCUAAGCGAUCCUGUUUAUUCUUUUGGAGGAGCUGCACAAGUCAAGUCAGAAAUCCAAGGGAUCGAUGUAGCUGGAACUUCAAAUGUAGGUGAGCUGGCUAUUGUGCCACAUCCCAGAUCAAAGCAAAGGGAUUUCGGGCAAAGACGUAAACGAAGGCCCUUCUCUAUUCCUGAGGUGGUGUCGCUGGUGGAAGCCGUCGAAAAGCUUGGAUUUGGAAGAUGGAAGAACGUUAAAUACCAUGCGUUCGGCGACAACCAAGAGAGGACCUAUGUUGACCUUAAGGACAAGUGGAAGAACUUGGUGCACACCGCCAGCAUACCACCUCAGCUGAGAAGAGGCCAGGCGAUCCCGACGCAGGAUCUCCUCGAUCGUGUGCUCGCAGCGCAAGCCUACUGGUCUGUCCGCCAGCCGAAGCUCGAGGACCACCACCAACCAUGAUGCUGAAACCCUGCGACCUGUCUUGCCUAGAUAGAAGGCAAGCUGGUUCUUGUGUAAAAAAAUUGUCCCUGGUGGACAAUGUAUGUAUGUUAGGGGAUUCUACCCAAAGAGGUUUGGGUAUGAUUGACUAGUUUUGUUUGUGUGGCUCCAAAUUCACAACCCUAGCUAGGGUUGGUCUGAGUUGGAGGCCUGUAACUAAAAAUGAUUCGGAGAACAAAAAAAAAGGCAAACUGUGUGUCUGUCCAUAAAUUAAGAAGCAGGCUGUUUCUCCUUUGCAGCUGUUGUGCAGCUGCCUUCA